GUAGUGGGAACGGGAGGGCGGGCGGGUACCACCUUCAGAACUGGCCGCCGGCGGUAACAUGGCGACCCGGAAUCCCCCUCCCCAAGACUAUGAAAGUGAUGAUGACUCUUAUGAAGUGUUGGAUUUAACUGAGUAUGCAAGAAGACACCACUGGUGGAAUCGAGUGUUUGGCCACAGCUCUGGACCUAUGGUAGAAAAAUACUCUGUAGCUACCCAGAUUGUAAUGGGUGGAGUAACUGGCUGGUGUGCAGGAUUUUUGUUCCAGAAAGUUGGAAAACUUGCAGCAACUGCAGUAGGUGGUGGCUUUCUUCUCCUUCAGAUUGCCAGUCACAGUGGCUAUGUGCAGGUCGACUGGAAGAGAGUUGAAAAAGAUGUAAAUAAAGCAAAAAGACAGAUUAAGAAACGAGCAAAUAAAGCUGCACCUGAAAUUAACAACGUAAUUGAAGAAGCAACAGAAUUUAUCAAACAGAACAUUGUAAUAUCCAGUGGCUUUGUGGGAGGUUUUUUGCUUGGCCUUGCAUCUUAAGGAUAUGAAUGUUCUAUCACCAUGGAGUCAUACGAGAGAAGAGGAAUGAUGGUGACUAGGUGGUCUCUCAACAUUGCACGCUGCCACAUUCUCCAGGGAGGCGAAUAUCAAUAUAGCUGGACUGUAUCAAACUCACCAAUUAGCAUUUUGCCAUUUGAAACAUGGCAAUCUCCAGUAUCUGCUAUAAAUUAUCUAUAUAGUAUGUGCACAAUAGUAUUCCUGAGCAAAACAUGGCUUUCAUUAUUUUUUUAAAAUUUGCAUUUCUUUAGAAAUUAGCCUAUAAAAUAGCAUCUUUGGAUGUUUCAUCUUUGGAUGAAAAAAACCUGCUGGAUGUAUUCCCCAGUGAAAUAUUAUCCUUGUUUUAUUUAAAUAAGAUGUUCUUCGUUGUGCUUUAUAAUAUAUUGCCAAUAAUUAAAAAUUUGUAUUGUAGCUUCAACAUUAGGGCCGACUCUUCUUUUUUUUUUUUUUUAAAGAUGUGUUUGCAAUAAACUGAAGAACUGUAAUGCCCUUUUGUGGAAGGUUUUAGAAAUGAUAGCAUUAUUAAAGAUAUUAAACAAUUUAAUAUCAAUUUUAAGUUAUUUUUUCUUAUAAUUCUUAUGUUGCUUACAAAAUGACUAUAGCAAUAAUUUAAAAGAAGGCACUUUUAAGGAAAUAGUACACGUCAAAGGCUCUUUUUCCGAAGUCUUUAGGUUUAAAAAUAUUUUCUUGUAUAUAAUCUUGUAAUGUUUUUUAAAAAUCUAUCAUGGCAGCCUGGGCAGAACUAAUGAUUUUUGGGGUCCAUAUAAUUAGUUGGGUCACUGAGUGAGUCUCCAUUCCCCAAGUCCUAAGUAUUUCUACAUUUCUACAAAUUCAAAGUAGUAUUUUCACCCCUUCACAAAGAGCUAAAAAUCACUUAGAAUAUUUAGAAAAUAGUAUGAAAUUACUAAUUGAAGAACAGUGAUUUUUCUAUCACUUUAGAAAUUAUGGCUCAAAGAGAAUUGUCUCUUUGAUCUAGUUUGAGAUAUAAGUGCUAAGAUUUCAGGUUUUUGCUUGUGUGGUGUUGAUUGAACAUGAGGCCGGUUGACUUGUUUCUCAGAGAUGACAUCAGAGGCUCUUGUGCCCAGAAAAGCUUUCUGAAUUGUUAGUUUGGUUCAUAGGAUUCUAGGUUGGAACUUGGAAAAACAGGAGAGCAACAUUUGCUGGAAUCUUUAGAUUGGAAAGACUGCAAAUAGUCACACACUAUCCUGAUAGGAAGUCCCUGUAGUAUAUUUUGUGAAUUGUAAACAUAACCCAUUUUGUACUUUCAAGACAGGUUGCAGUCUGUGUGUUUGCAUUGUCUUGAGAUUCUUUACAAUUGACUGUAGGGUUGAUCUUCAUUUUCUUCCUUUACUUUUGUUAGUACCUCAUAUAAUGCUAACUAAAACUCAGAGCUACUUAAUAUGAAGUGAUUUUGCUCACACUUUUUUUCUUGUUUGAGCUUUUCUUUAUUUUUGCCCUGCCAAGCUUUUUUCAUUUUUACAUGAGGUAGAAUCUUGACCAGCUUCUGUGUGCCGUGUCUGCGCUUACCUCUGCGUGACGCUUUCACCUGAUACAAAGGCAGGCUUCUGUGGGGAGCUCUAGUAGCUGGCUCAGUUAUUUUAGAAAUAUUUUGUGUCCUGUGUAUGAUAUACUAGGAAAGUGGGGACUCUAAAAAUGUCUGCUCUUGAAUAGAGAUUAAAAUAUUCCUAAGGGAAAAGUUGCAUAAUGAUAUAGAAGAACCCAGCACAUGAUUUAGUGGCAAAUGAGUGGUAAGGUAACUACUUUCAGAGUCUAAACAUGAAUGAAAACUGAAAAAGUAGAACUUUUAUUUUUUUGCCUGUCCAUUUCCAAGUAUCUAAUGAUUUGUUUGAAGAUAUUUUUUUUACAAAUGCAAAAUAUCAGUAUUCCCCAUGUCUCCUGUUAGUACCCCUCAUUUUGCUCUUGCCUGUAUUGUGCCCUACAGGAGGCAGUAUCAUGUGUUAAUCUCUAAUUUGUGAUGUGCCCUAUAUAACGCUUUGCUCAUAAUGUGGGUGUUUAGUGAAUGUUGUGAAUGAGUGAACAGGUAUGUGAAAAGCAUAUUACUCUGCUUGUCAACCUAAAGGAAACCUCUGACUCAGAGGCUCCAUCAGAAAUGACCUGGUGGUGGGCCUCCCUGGUGGCACAAGGGGUUAAGCACUGCACUAUGAAGCAAUCCACAGCCUCUGCAGCGUGAGUUCAAUCCCUGGCCGGCCAGAGAGCAACCGACAUGGCAAGGCAGACCUCUCCUGUCUCUCCCGCUGCUCCCCUCAGCAGUGUACUUCAGUCAGUCUGCCUGUUCUAUUCCCCACUCUGUCUCUGGUGGAUCCUCUCACUCCCCACAACUCUGGCCUGUACCCCAGCUCUUGUAUGCAUAAAUAAAUAAAUCUUUAAAAAAAAAUGACCUGGUGGAGAUUGGUUGGGAUAAAA